AUGUCUUUUGGAAAGAUCUACGGUAUUCCGGGCCACGGCCGUACCAUCCCAGCCUUGGUGGCUGCCAAAGCCAAUGGCCUCGAUGUUGAGCUCGUCUCGACUCAGGCAGGAACCAAGACCCCUGAAUAUCUCGCCAUCAACGCUCUGGGCAAGAUUCCCUCUUUCGUUGGUGCAAAUGGCUUCCAGUUGACCGAGGCCAUUGCCAUCGCCAUCUACCUCACCUCCCAGAACGAGAAGACUACCCUUUUGGGCACGACCAAGCAGGACUAUGCCUCUAUCCUUCGUUGGUUGUCCUUCGCAAACUCCGACCUUCUCGGCCGCCUGUCCUCUUGGUAUCGCCCUCUUGCUGGCCAAGAACCAUACAACAAGAAGAACGUCGACGAAGCUGUCGCCAACUCUCUCGCCGCAUUGAAGGUCCUCGAGACUCACCUCACCGCUAACACCUACCUUGUUGGUGAGCGCAUCACACUUGCUGACAUCUUUACCGCCGGCCUUCUUUCCCGUGCAUUCUCCACCGUUCUUGAUAAGAAAUGGCGCUCUGAGUUCGUUGCCGUGACUCGUUGGUACACCACCGUUGUCAACUUCCCUGCCUAUAAGGCCGUUGUCGAGAACCCUGUCUUCGUUGAGGAGGCUAUCAAAUACACCCCUCCCAAGAAGGAGGAGAAGCCCAAGAAGGAGGCCCCCAAGCCUGCUGCCAAGGAAGCUGAAGAUGAUGGUGAGCCCAAGCCUGAGCCCAAGCCCAAGCAUCCCCUUGAGGCUCUUGGCAAGCCCACUUUGAUUCUUGAUGAGUGGAAGCGUCAAUACUCUAAUGAAGACACACGUCCCGUUGCCAUGCCCUGGUUCUGGGAGCACUACAAACCCGAAGAGUACUCUCUCUGGCUUGUUGACUACAAAUAUAACAACGAACUCAAGCUCACCUUCAUGGCCAACAACCUGAUUGGUGGUUUCUUUGCUCGUCUCGAGGCUUCCCGCAAGUACAUCUUCGGCGCUGCCUCCGUUUACGGUCAGAACUAUGACUGCGUCAUCCGCGGUGCUUUCAUAAUCCGUGGCCAGGAGCACAUUCCCGCUUUUGACGUCGCCCCUGACUGGGAGAGCUACGAGUUCAAGAAGCUCGACCACACCUCCGAGGCCGACCGCAAGUUGAUCACCGACUUGUGGGCAUGGGAUGUUCCUGAAGUCCGCGAUGGAAAGGAAUACCCCCACGCUGACGGUCACGUCUUCAAAUAA